ACGAGCAAGCUGCUGCUGCUAUAUAAUAGACUGCAUCUAUCUGAUCUACCAUACUGAUGCGGGAAGACGAUAUUCGCAAUAGCUUUCAGCGAACGCUACAGCAUUAUUUGAGUUGACCGAGUUUGCCUCGCAUUUACCAUGCGUUUUUCUGUAAUCAGUCAAAAAAUAGGGUGCCAAUAGCAGGCUGAAUUACCGUCUUAAAUCGGGACAAACACUAACUUAAUAUUGCUUGUUUUUAAUUUGACGCACCGCACCGGUAAUGCUUCGUGUUGGCUCACUGAGAUAGUCAACUAGCUUUUUAUUUGUAUAAAACAGUUCUUUGUUUAGUGGCUUAACUAGCUAACGUAAAUAAGGAAGUAGGCUACCGGGUGCCCUAAGCUUCAAGGAUGGAGACGGUGCAUACGCAAGGCGUUUGGAUGGCCGAAGCGCUCCAGAAAGGAACGAUGGAAUAUGAAAAACAGUGGCUUUUUGUCACACACAUGGGUGACCCCAAAGCUGCCUUUCUUAUUUAUUUUCCAAUUGUCUACUACCUCAACAAACGGACUGGAAUUGCCGUCGUCUGGGUGACUGUCAUUUCAGAGUGGCUUAAUCUUGUUUUCAAAUGGAUUCUAUUUGGCGAGAGACCAUUUUGGUGGGUUGAAGAAUCCCGUCUGUUUGUGGAAAACCCACCCCAAGUCCAACAGUUCCCCCCCACCUGUGAAACGGGUCCAGGUAGCCCUUCUGGACAUGCCAUGGUGACGUCUGCCGUGUGGUGGGUGAUGGUAUCUGCGGCUGCCUCUUUCCUGCACUCCUGUACACGCAGCCGGCUGUUGAUGGCAGUGCCCUACCUGCUGUAUGUGCUAUUCCUGGUGGCAGUGGGCCUCUCCAGGAUCUUCAUUUUGGCACACUUCCCUCAUCAGGUCAUUGCUGGCACCCUGACAGGCUUUGCGCUCGGAGUGGUUCUGAACCGCACAGUUCCAGAGAGGCGUCCUCUGCUGUUCUUCUUACAGACCUGCAUGGGCCUCUUUCUGGGGGCUCUGCUACUACAUUCUGGCUUGGAACACUUUGGGGUUGACCUGUCCUGGUCCAUUACGCUGGCGAAGCGUUGGUGCUCUCAGAAGGACUGGAUCCGCAUGGACUCCAGGCCGUUCUCCUCCCUGACCCGGGACUGCGGCGCCAUGCUGGGCCUGGGGCUGGCGCAGUUCUGGAAGCCUGGAGGGUGGCCCCUGCCCUGGGUCCCCCGGACACUGUGCCUGGCGCUCUCCUCCUUGGCCCUGUACCACAUCAACAGAAUGCCCCUGCCCUCCUCCCCGCCUGUGCUGUUCUACAUCCUGUACUUCAUCAGGUUCACGGUCAUGCCCCAGGUGGUCAUGGUGCUGGUUCCAGGGUUUGUCCACCUCCUCACCGCCAAGAAUAAGCAGGAGUGAUGGCGUAUUACGACGAGGGGGCGAUUUUAGGUAUUCAAUGAAAAGCCAAAAAAGGGGUGUGUCUUUAUGUAUCAGGGAAAAGAAGGGUGUGUACCCUAAAAGUCCAGCCACAUUUCAGCAAAGGUGUGGAAUAUUCCUUCCUGAAUCUUUCCACCGAAUGCCCCAUGGCAGAGACUGCAUUAUGGAGCAUUUAAGAGUUGAAAUGUGUUUUAGUAAUUAAAGAAAGUCACAAAAUAAAUUAAACAUCAGAAUUUGUGAGAAAA